GCCGGGCCCCUUUCACGUAUAGGCCACUGACUUGCACAGAUAAGACCCAAGACCCUAAGAUCAUUGGCAAGCCUGACACAUCCCGACACUCCUAUGCCGUCGUCAGUGUUUGUCAAGCAGCAGCUUCAGCACAGCAGCUGUCCAAUCCGAUAAGAGUAGCGAGCGGCGAAUCCAGGUUCUCACUAUACACUAAUCGCAGUCAGCUGCGCAAGAACUUCACCACAUGAGUUCCGGGACCAACGUCAGCCAUGUCGACCAUCGCGGCCGUGACCGAGGCCGGCCUGGAUCAAACACACGGCGUUGAGCUCACUCCCAAGAACACAAGAACUUUGCGCAGCCAUGAAAAGGGCCUCCGCGAAGCCGCUACGACCUCAAGCUCACCAGCCACCGCUGCCGAACCGGACCACCAGCAAUACGACACCGGCCCGCCGCCCGACGGGGGACUCACCGCCUGGUCCCAAGUUCUCGCCGUACACCUUGGCGGCGCCAUAACAUGGGGUUAUGGAGUGGGCUUCUCGGUAUUCCAGCUGUACUACCGCGAGACCGCGCUGCCCAUGUUGUCUGCCUCGCAGAUAUCCUGGAUCGGCUCGAUCCAGAUCUUCCUCGCCUGGACGAUCAGCAUGGCGGCUGGCCGACUGGGAGACAUGGGCUACGUGCGCGUAUGCUACGGGGUCGGCGGCAUAUUGACGGUGACGGGCAUGAUGCUGACCAGCAUUUGCACCGAGUACUGGCACUUCCUGCUGUGCCAGGGCGUGCUGAACGGGAUCGGCAGCGGGAUCCUGUUCCUCCCCGCGGCAGCCAACGUGGGCACCUACUUCCAGCGCAACAGGAACAUUGCCAUGGCGCUCGGGUCCGUGGGCACCAGCUUGGGAGGAGUCCUGUUCCCCGCGAUUGUGCAGUAUCUGACGCCCCGGGUCGGGUUUGGCUGGAGCGUGAGGGUGUGCGGCUUCGUCAGCCUGGCGAUGAACCUGUGCGGCCUCGCGGUGCUGCGGCAGCGCAACCUGUUCAAGACACCCCGCCCGAUGGUGGACUGGACGGCGUUCAAGAACCAGCGGUUCAGCGCCUACUGUGCGGCCGUCUUCCUGAUGCACUUUUCUCUGAUUCCGGUCAUGUUCUACAUCAACUCCUUUGCCCGCGAGACAAUCGGCAUCGCCUCGCUCGAAGCCAUCAACUUUGUCCUCAUCGCCAACGGGGCGGCAGCAUUCGCCCGGCCCGUCGUGGGUAUCGUCGCGGACCGGGUGCUGGGCGCCCCCAACACGUACGUGUGCUGCGCGCUGGGCUUCAGCGCGCUCGCGUACGGCUGGAUCGGCGUCCAGACGCGCGCGGACAUGUACGGCUUCGCGGUGGUACUGGGCGUCGUAAACGGCGGCUGCCAGGGCAUCUUUCCAGGGGCCACGAGCACCCUGAUCAGCGAGGAGAGCGGCGACCUCAGCAAGAUGGGCACGUGGAUGGGCAUGGUCUUUGCAGUCUGCGGCGUGGCUAGUCUGGCUGGGCCGCCGAUCAUAGGGGCGAUCAUUGGGAGCUCUGGGGGCCGGUAUAUCUGGGCGCAGGUGGUCCUGGGGUCCUUGUUGUUUGCGAGCGCUGGCAUGUUGUUCCUAGCGCCGAGGGUGAAGGGCAGGGCUGAGAAGGAGGACGCGAUUGAGACUUCGUCAUGAGGCACCGUGGGAAUAGAGGGUUGCGACUUAGAAAUGCAGGCAGUGCCAUAUGUAGCACAGAUUACGUCAGACCUGAAUCAACCUCACUUUGUAAAUAGGAUAUGAGGGAUGCAGUACGCCUUUGCAGGUCUGAACCGCGAAAGGAGCAGGCACUGAAGGCCACACCUGUCGUUGGAGCAUGUGAAUCCGCCCAAUGCCAAUGGCGCGAUAUUGGAGGACGGUCGGAUGCGAAACACACAAACAAGAGCGUUUGGGGGAAUCUCUGUCCAAUACAUGAGUG